CUCCUGUGGAUGAGCUUAAUUCAAGAACUACAUCAGUUUCGAGACAUGGAUAUUAAUGAUGACCCUGAUGAAGACCGUCUUACAAGUUAUGAUAUUCAGCUCAGUAUCCAAGAAUCCAUUGAGGCCAACAAGACUAUAUUCUAUCCUGAAAGAUUUGUACCCCUGAGUGAUCAAAACAGAAGAAUUGUGGAGGCCAUAAAGCAAGGUCACAUUCUUGAGCUUCAGGAGUAUGUGAAAUAUAAAUAUGCCUUGGAUGAAGCUGAUGAUAAAGGCUGGUUUCCAUUGCACGAAGCGGUUGUUCAACCCAUUCAACAAAUACUUGAGAUUGUUCUGGAUGCGUCCUAUAAGACACUUUGGGAAUUCAAGACCUGUGAUGGAGAAACACCCUUGACUUUGGCAGUCAAAGCCGGUCUGGUGGAAAAUGUGAGAACAUUACUGGAAAAGGGAGUGUGGCCCAACACCAAAAAUGACAAAGGAGAGACACCCCUGCUGAUGGCUGUAAAAAAUGGUUCCUAUGACAUGAUAUCUACUCUGAUUAAACACAACGCCAGCCUUGACCAGCCCUGUGUCAAGCGUUGGUCAGCGAUGCACGAAGCGGCCAGGCAAGGCCGGAAGGAUGUCAUAGCUCUGCUCCUAAAACACGGCGGCAGCGUGCACCUGAGGGACGGGUUUGGAGUCACGCCGUUGGGAGUGGCUGCUGAGUAUGGCCACUGUGAUGUGCUGGAGCAUCUAAUCCACAAAGGUGGCGAUGUGUUUGCUUUGGCGGAUGAUGGGGCAUCGGUGCUGUUUGAGGCGGCAGGAGGUGGCAAUCCCGACUGCAUUGCCCUCCUGCUGGAAUACGGAGGGAGCGGAAACGUGCCUAACAGAGCAGGACAUCUUCCCAUACACCGGGCUGCCUACGAGGGACAUUAUCUCGCACUGAGAUAUCUUAUCCCAGUAACAUCCAAACACGCAAUUCGGAAAAGUGGGCUAACACCAAUUCACUCAGCAGCAGACGGACAAAACGCACAGUGCCUUGAACUGCUCAUUGAAAAUGGCUUUGACGUCAAUACCCUCCUUGCUGAUCACAUUUCCCAGAACUAUGAAGAUGACAGGAAGACUGCGCUGUAUUUUGCCGUUUCUAAUAAUGACAUCCGUUGCACGGAAGUCCUUCUGGCUGCAGGGGCAGACCCAAACCUCGAUCCCCUCAAUUGUCUCCUUGUGGCAGUGAGGGCCAAUAACCAUGAAAUUGUCCGGCUGCUUCUCUCCCACGGGGCUAAUGUCAAUUGUUAUUUUAUGCACGUGAAUGACACUCGUUUCCCCAGUGUCAUUCAAUAUGCCCUAAACGAUGAAAUGAUGCUGAGACUAUUGCUGAAUAAUGGCUACCAUGCGGAAAUGUGCUUUGACUGCACUCACGGGGACAUCUUUGGUAAUUCGUUUGUGUGGUCAGAGAUACAGGAAGACGUUCUGCCAGGAUGGACAUCUUGUGUAAUAAAAGACAACCCGUUUUGUGAGUUUAUCACAGUGCCUUGGAUGAAGCACUUGGUCGGCAGUGUUAUUCGAGUUCUAAUAGAUUACAUGGAUUACGUCCCUCUGUGUGCCAAACUGAAGUCAGUGCUGGAAGUACAGAGAGAAUGGCCAGAAAUCCGCCAAAUAUUAGAGAAUCCUUGUUCAUUAAAGCAUUUGUGUCGGUUAAAAAUUCGUAGACUAAUGGGACUCCAGAGACUCUGCCAGCCAGCCUCAAUGAAGAAGCUUCCUCUACCACCACCUAUUCAAAGAUACCUCUUAUUUAAGGAGUAUGAUCUCUAUGGACAAGAGCUAAAAUUGCCAUAACUU